UAAGAAAUCAGCCUUGGUUUUUCAUAUUUUUAGUCAAGUCUGGACGUGUAGGAUAAGAAAUCGGCUCUGAAUUAGAAACCAAAUCCAGAUAAGUUUCUAAAAAAGAAUCUGAAGCUCAAAAAGUAGUUUUUUUAAAUUUAUUCUUGUUUAAUUUUUGUAGGAAAAUCAACUCUGAUGUGGAUACCAGAUUCCCAAUUUUCCUUUGACUUAAUUAUCAGGAUUUUCAGUAUGAUAACUGGUUUUUGUAUUGUUCAGGAAACGGAUUUCUGGUUUUUUGGUGGAUUGGAUAGAAACGGGAACCGUUGUAAGUCCGGAGCGAGGGAAAAUGUAAUUGGCAACCUGGGUCAGCAUGAUGACCCCUGA